AUGACAAAUCUACCUGUGGUUGUCAUGGACAAUGGCACCGGCUAUUCCAAGCUCGGUUUCAGUGGCAAUUUGGAGCCAUCCUUUGUAUUCCCAACCGCUAUUGCAACACGCGAGACGCCUUCUUCCUCGGGAAAGCCCGGUUUGCCUUCAAAGCCUUCCUUUUUGAGCAGCAACUUGGCUUCCAAGCGUGGCAUAGAAGACCUUGACUUUCAUAUUGGCGACGAAGCUGUUGCGCAAAGCAAGACGAUGGCUGUCAACUAUCCUAUUCGUCAUGGCCAAAUCUCCAACUGGGAUCAUAUGGAACGUUAUUGGGAACAAUCGAUUUUCAAGUAUUUGCGAUGUGAGCCUGAAGAUCAUCACUUUUUGUUGACCGAACCACCUUUGAACGCCCCUGAGAACCGUGAAAUGACAGCUGAAAUCAUGUUUGAAUCUUUCAAUAUUCAAGGCUUGUACAUUGCUGUUCAAGCUGUCUUGGCAUUGGCUGCCUCGUGGACAUCCAACAAGGUAGAAGAGCGAACAUUGACAGGCACAGUGAUUGACUCUGGUGAUGGUGUAACCCAUGUUAUCCCUGUGGCCGAAGGUUAUGUCAUUGGCAGCUCCAUCAAGUCGAUCCCCAUUGCCGGUAGAGAUAUUACUUCGUUUGUUCAGUCAUUGUUGCGUGAACGUGGUGAAAACAUCCCACCCGAAGAUUCGAUGCGUGUGGCAGAGUUGAUCAAGGAAGAAUACUCGUACGUUUGCCCUGAUAUCGUUAAGGAAUUCAAAAAGUAUGACCAGGAACCCGACAAGUUCUUUAAAAAGUACAAUGGCAUCCACACCAUGACGAACCGUGAUUAUGCUGUUGAUGUCGGCUUUGAGCGUUUCCUUGCGCCUGAGAUCUUCUUCAAUCCCGAAAUUGCCAGCUCCGAUUUCUUGACUCCCUUACCUGAAGUCGUGGAUACUGUUGUCCAGACCAGCCCAAUCGAUGUUCGCCGUGGAUUGUACAAGAACAUUGUGCUAUCAGGUGGUUCAACCAUGUUCAAAGGUUUCGACAAGCGAUUGCAGCGUGAUAUCAAGCGGAUAGUCGAUAAGCGUAUCUCUAUGAGUGAAGAGUUGAGCGGCUCCCAUAUGAAGGCCAAGCCAAUGGAUGUCAAUGUCAUUUCGCACAAGAAGCAACGCCAUGCUGUGUGGUUUGGUGGUAGCUUGCUUGCAUCCACUGAUGAAUUCCCCAAGUACUGCCAUACAAAGGCCGAAUACGAUGAAUAUGGUCCCAGCAUUUGUAGACACAACCGUGUGUUUGGCAGCGUCUUGUAA